UAGGGUUCAUCAAGCAACCAAAGAAAAAAAUGUCGAGGCAAAACUACAUCAUAUUUGUUGUCAUCCUAUUGUUAACACAAACAACUUCUUUCAUCGAGGCGAGGAACUCAUGGGUUCCAUGGUAUCCUAAAACGUCUGUGGUGGUGAGGAAUGAGGUGGAGGGAGGGCGGAAACUGACACUUCAUUGCAAAUCCAGAGACGACGAUAUUGGGGUCUUUGUGCUACUAACACAUGAAGGCAUCAAAUGGAACUUUCGACCGAACAUCUUUGGAACCACUCUGUUUUACUGCAGCGCUGAUUGGGGGGAGGGGGUUCAUUGGUUUGACAUCUACGUUUUUAAAAGGGACAUCUUGCGUUGUACUUAUUGUCAAUGGGCCAUAAAGAAGAGUGGUCCUUGCUUUUUCGACUCUGGCACACGUGCUUUUGAUUUUUGUCUUCCGUGGCAUUAGCAAUGGAAGGAAAAGAGAGGGGAGGGUUGUGGGCAUUUAGAAUUUGCUUUCUAGGUCUUUGGUAGCUAGUUUGAGUUUCAUUGUUUGGUAUGAGCAUAAAAUAUUAGGAUAGUAUUUCAUUAUUUUUUUAAUUGUUAACUAGGAUAAUUUGCAUAAAAUCAAGGGUGUUCUAUGCGUAUCGACUGUCAUUAUUGAAUAUCAUUUUUUAUGUACCUUUGGUAUGGAAACACAAUAAAAGGUUAGCUAAAAAAGAAGAUCUUCUUCUUUUCAUCGUCUCCAUGAUUCGAACUAGAAGUAGCCACAACAUCUAAAAAUCACAUGCUAACAACUUUGUUUUUUUACCACCACUUUGUUUAUCGUUUUCACUAUAACAAACACAACUGGAUCUUUUACCCUAUGCUGUAGUUCCUGAUAUAUAUAAUGAAAAGGAAGAAUGAGAUAGUUUUUACUUCUUCAAAUUUAUAAAUCCUAAAUCGUUAUUAUGAUAUAAGAGCGUGUAAAAGUUAUUACCAUUACCCCUCCUCUUUCUUACUCUUCCAUUUUUUCUUUUGCUCUUAGCUUCUGCCAACCAUGGCAUUGGCAUAGCAUAACCAAAACUAGGACAGUAAUUUUACAACCAAUAAAUUAUCAGGGUUGGAGCCACUUUAGGAUGGCUACCUCCACCUGAUUUCCUUGUUGCUCAUCAACUUCCUGGCAUAUCUUCUUCAUCGGAACUGUUCCAACCUCCACUCCCUCCAUUUCAUAACUUGGCUUUUGCGGUCAAUAAUCAUUUCAUCCAUCUUUGUCCAACCCAUCUGGAACCCAGGCUUCAAACGAUCCCUCGGCUUCCCUUGCGCUUUCCAGCUACUAUCGACGUUUUCUUCCAAUUUGUUGCACAAUAAUUUUUUACAGUUGAUGAGAAUGAUGAUAGUUGGAGAAGUAUAUGCAUAGUUAGAUAACAGGGUAAACACAAAAUAUUAGCCACACCUUUCACGAUUGUCAAAAUAUUAGCCAAAACUAUUCAAAUACAAAAUAAUAGCCAACUGUUAGAUGAUGGUGAGUUGGCAAAUAUAUGCUGACGUGGAAGAGCUAUUAUGACGUGGUAGUCAACGAAAAAUGUCACAUCAGCCGGUCAACCUUGGUUCGCCGCGAGACUUUUCCUCCAAAUUGAUAUCUUAAUUCACCUGGUUCGCCACCUGCAAAAAAAAAAAAAAAACACUCAACCUAUCGCCAAGAACAAGUGAGGGAAGAUAGUAGGGCUGGAAAACGGUGCGGUCUGGUCCAGACCAGACCAUAUAUACGGUCUAUGGUCCAAACCGAGAGGCUGAAGUAUAGACCACAGACCAGACCAAAGACUAUACGGUCCGGUCCAGAUCACGCCUGUGCGGUCUGGUUCGUUCUCGUCUGGUCCAGAUAGACCACACCCAACCAAAAAUGAAUAAUUUGUUUAGUCAACCACACAAAAAAUUGAACCAAUAACCAAGAAAAAUAAUUGUUAUUU